AUGUUCUCCUCAUCGUCAAAACCAUUCCCUUGCCAAUACCCGGGCUGCACCUCGAGCUACCAGCGCAGAGAGCAUCUCAAUCGCCACGAGGCCCAGCAUCGCGGCGGAGUCGUCUCUGCGUGUCCGUUCUGUGGGAAAACGUUUCGUCGAGGCGAUACACUACGCCGCCAUGUCCGGCACGACCACGCAGAUGCCGAGCUCGAGUCGGUUCGGGCGGUACAGGCCUGUGAGGGGUGUCGCGUUGCGAAGGUACGAUGUCGAGGCGGUGUACCGUGCGAGCAAUGUCAGGCGAAGAACCGGGAAUGUAUAUUUGCGCAGCCAUCAAGUACCGCAUCGCACCCUUCUCACUAUCCUGAAGAUCAGCAACCAGAGCAAGAGGACAACGACGGAGAUAUGGACAUUGAACCCGAUAACGCACCGACGAGUAGCACCGAGAAGAUCCAGCACUAUGUACACCUUUACUUCUCACACUUUCACACCCACUGGCCUAUUCUGCAUCGGCAUACCUUUGACAUAGCCCAUGAACCGCCGUUCCUCGUUCAGGCACUGAUCAUGGUUGGGUUGUGGGUUAGCGGGACCGUAUCCGGGCGCGAAGCGGCGAUUGAGCUGCAUUCGAAAUUGGGAUCUUCUAUUCUGGAACAAAGGUCUAGGUGGGACAGAACUUUCCCAGAUGAGCGAGAGCAAGAAGAAGACGGAAAUGCUCCAGCCUCGCGGUGGCCAAUUGCUACAUACCAGGGCAUUCUCAUCUACCUCAUAUUCUCCUUAAUCUCGUCGAAGGCGAGGAUUGAAUCUUUGGACCUAACGCUGUCCAUCUCCCCGUCGGAUCGCACCAUCCUGUCCGCGCUCACAGGUACUUGUCUCCGGAACAACAUCUUCUACUACCCCCGAAUGCUAGAGCGAUACCUAGGCGUCAACGACAUUACCUGCAUAUGGGUCGGCGUCGAAGAAAUAAAACGCUUAGGCCUCGCACUGUACAAGGUGUCUCGACUAUGCGGCGGUCACUCCAAUCGUGAUGAGAAUCAAAGCGAGGAAGACGGUCCAGUGUUUCGCCUCUCCGAUCUACAACUACCUGCCCCGGAUAGCCGGCACCUGUGGGACGCGGCGUCGAAUGCAGAGUUAUCGCGACUUUUGCAGAUGGAUGGCUGUACUCGGCCAGGAAGAUUGGACGGGAGUCAGGAGGCGAACUGGAUCUCGAAUUUCGGGCAGGUGAUUGAUGCGAGUAUGGAGUUUCAGUGGAUAUGA